AUGCUUCCGUGUUCUUCGUCCUCACCGAGCGAAGGAUGUGAAGAGGAGAAGGACGCGCACAUGCACACGGAGUGCAGCAGACUGACGGAGCAGAGGGACGAAGCCGAGAGACAACUCAAGCACAUCAAGAGGGUGUCUCAGAUGGUGAUCGAGGAGGUGAGCGUUCUGCAGACUCAGCUGGAGAUCGAAAAGUCAUGCCGGGAGAACGCCGAGGCGCUCGCCACAAAGCUGAACAGCGAAAACCGGAAGUUGAAAUACCUGAGCUUGUCAUCACGGCCAUCGUGCUUGGACGAGCUGCUUCCCAGCAUCUCGGACUGUGUCGCCAUGGAAACGGUGGCGGCCCCGGAAGACGCCUCGCCCGAUGCCUUUGCGCAGUGCCAGCAGCAGGUCAAAGAGCUGCGUGAGGCUGUGAGCACCUUGUUGGAAGAAAAGAAGAGCUUCCUGUGUCAGAUUCAUGACCAGCAGAGAAGAAUCGAGGAGCUGAGCGAAAAGGCCGAACGAGAUGAGAGAGAAAUGGAGAAACUUCGAAACGCUGUCGAGGAACACGGCAAAACCAUUAAGAGGUUCAACAGAGUGUCCAUGAUGGCGACGCAGGAGUACGAGGGCAUGAAGGAGCAGCUGGACCUGGAGCAGAGCCUUCGAAUCAAAGCUGAGACGUACGCCCACGAGAUGCUGGUGAAGCAGAAGGAGGCCAAUCGUCAGAGCGCGCUUCUGCUGCAGAAUGCCGAGCCCAGUUUGCAGCUGCUCAGCGCCUUGGAGGAGGUCGCCGUCCUCACCAAAACGCUGGAGGGUGAGCGACUGCAGCAUCAGAAACGGGUGUGCGAGCUCCAGGCUGAGCUGGAUGACAGUUUAGCAAAAAAGAAUCUAGAGCGUCUACGUCGACAAGUGGAGCUUCUGGAGGAGGAGAAAAAAGACGUAGAGGGACGUCUGGAACGCAUGGAGAAGGACAACCAGCAGAUGCGAACACAGCGUACGUACAAAUUCCAGCUGCUCCCGAAGGUCGCCAUGACAACCGACACCCCACCUCCUCCGCCUCCCGGUCUGGCCCCACCCCCGGCUCCCCUCCCCCAGCCACCACCGCCGCCUCCUCCGCCGCCACCGCCCCCACCUCCGCCUCCCCCAUCCAGAUGCAAUCCCCUCAGUUCUUUGAUCGCCAUCAUGAGGAAGACAUCCAAAGGUUCCAAAACGUCUCUGAAGGCAGAGCAGCCCGCAGCCUCUGAUGAUGCGGUUAAGGUAAAGGCUGUGAAUGAGAUGAUGGAGCGUAUCAAACUCGGCGUGGUGCUACGGCCUGUCAAGAGUCAGGAAAGCAAGAGAGUCGCUGUCAAACAGCCUCCGACCAGUGAGGAAAAAUCUCAGGAGAGCGCCAUGGAUGAACUCAAAGGCAUCCUGGAGACGGUGAAGCGCAGUCCCAGCCGAGGUUCCCAGGAGGUGCCGUCGCCGACGGGAAAGAAAGACAGCGAGCUGGAGGUUAUCCUGAGAAGACGACGCAACAGAGCCGGGGAGGCCGGUUCUGGAGACGAGCGCGACGGUCAUCUGAGUCACGUGUCGUCCUCUGACAGCCUGAACGGUAGACGCGCCAGCAGCGAGUCGGGCAAGGAUCCGGAUGGAUCCGUUACACCGUGCAACCCUGUACCGGCUCCGCGGGCGGUCGGGGAGCGCAGAGGAUCCGGGCCGGGACCCGUCGUGGCUAGGAGGAAGAGCUCGGAUAAAUCGGGAAGCUGGCAGGAAAGACGAUCCGGCUGUUCGGAAAAAGACAGGGCUGAUUCUCCUGUCGGAAACGGUGUCAACGAGGACGCCGCCGCGAAGACACCCGUGCAAACCAACGGCGUUAACCACGGGGAGGCACCGAACACUGCCAUCUUUGUCGUGGGCGACAUGAACGGUGACGCCGAGGGUGACACCCAGGGGGCGCUAUGA